GUGAAAUAUUUUGUUUCAUUUCCAGCAGAAUUUAUUUUGCAAUGCAAAUAAAAUCAACGUAACCGCCAAACACAGACUAGUACAACAACAAGCUUGGCUCUGUCAAUUAGCAGUUGGCCAACACUCUUCCAAUGUAAACAGUGGCAACACGCGGACUCAAUUCGGUUUAAAUUAAAAUGAAUAGAUGAUGGCCGCGGAAACAACCGCUAAAUCCAGCACCAUGCGCCUGGGAAUGUGCGAGGUGUGCGCCGCGAAGGAAGCCCGCUACGCCUGUCCCAAAUGCGAGGUGAAGACCUGCAGCCUGCCCUGCGUCCAGAUCCACAAGAAGGAACUAUCCUGCGAUGGACAGCGGGAUCGCACCAAAUUCGUGCCCCUCAGCGAGAUGACGGCCCGGGAAUUCAUGAGCGACUACUGCUUCCUGGAGGAGUGCACCCGCUAUGCGGAGAAUCGGAAAUCCGAUCAGUGCAAGCGUUUCACCCACGACCAGAGGAAUCUCCCGGUGGCGCAGCAUCGGAUGCAGACUGCGGCCAAGAAACGAAAUAUCCAACUGCGCCUGCAAUUGGCGAAUUUCAGCAGACACAAGGAGAACACCACAUAUCUGAACUGGAAGCUGGGACGUUUCUACUGGCGCGUGGAGUGGCUAUUUGCCAACAUUCCCAUCGAGGCUAAUUCUGGGGAUGUGGCCCGGUUUGUGGACGCCCGCUGUGAUGAGCAGGUUGUCCUGUCGGAUCUGAUUCUCAAGUACAUCGAUCUGCAGCAGGAGACGGCGCGCGAUCAUCGCAAGCUGCUGGCUAACCAUCAAACGGCUGGUAUUGGCCAGCUGAGUUUUUGGCUGAGAGCAGAGGGCGUGCGACGCAGCUCCACGAGGUGUUAUCCCCUGGAGGCGGCCAAAACGCUGGCCGACAACCUAUCGGGCAAAACCAUCGUGGAGUUCCCCACGAUCUUCGUUACCUACGAACCUAAACCACCGGGAGGACAUGAAGCCGUUGACAGCGGUGAAGAACUGGAGGAGGAGCCGCCUGAAAGCAAACCAGGCAAGUCAGUCAAAGCAUCCUCCAUUGCAGAGGAUCUAGAUGAACCACAUGAUGUCUACCAUGAGCUGGCUGCCGCCUUUGCUGGUGAUGAUGUCAGUGAACCUGAAGACGACGAGGAAUUCGAGGCACUUUACAGAGAACACGUGGAAUUGUAGAAAAAUCUAAACAAAGCCUUUACUCGAAAGGAAGAAACAAAGGUAGAUGCAUUUGGAAGACAAAAGCAAAAAAAACCUUGGGCUACGGGGCAAUAAGCCUGCCCAGAAUUGGUCAGCGCCAAACAAGUUGAACCAAAUACGCUGAAAGGCCAUUAUGCCACCCACAACCACUGUUGAUUAUGGAAAUAAAACUAUUUGAUUGUAUAUUUUUACAUAAAUGUAUUUUCUCGUACGCAUUUGAUUUAGUUUUUAUUUUAGGCUAGUUAAACAUUAAGAAUUCAUACCACACUUCGUUUCGAUCUAGUUCCGUCAUUGUCAACAUCAUCAUAUUACCAAUCAAUCAUAAUCUUCAUAAUAUAUAUGUAUAAUAAAGAAGUUUGAAAAAUCCAGUUACAGAGCUUGGGUUAAUCGUAA